AACGUUGGUCAAACGUGGAUGUUGAUGGAGAAGUGGAAAUGGGGAGGAAGGAAGAAGAAGGAGAGGAAGAGCAUCGUCGUUCUUGACUUCUUUUCUGGAGUUGCACUUCGUUUACCGGUCGUCCACGGUCCACCGAUGGCCCCUCUUCUCUCUCUCUCCCCCUCAUAUAAAAUGGGAAGAAAGAGAGAAGGAUCCGCACCCACCCUCGCAUAACCAAAAGGGAAGGAAUCCCCAUCCCCAACUCCUUCACGUUUUCCUUUUUCCUCUUUCUCUUUCUUGUCUGUCUGUCUGUCUCUCGCUUUCGAUCUCAACUGCGUAGUUGAGUUGGUUAGGAUUGAUUCAUAUUCUUCUCCAUUAUUGAAUUACGAGAGACGCUGACUGAGUAAGGAGAGGAGAGGAGAAGAGGACCACCCACUCGAUUGCUCUCUCUCUUUUUUCUCGUUUCAGAGAAAGGGAAGCAAGGAGAGGAGAAACAGGGAGGAACCGUUCUGUUGGGUGGUUUUGUGGGGAGGGCACGAUGUUUAACGGAAUGAUGGAUCCGGAGAUCAUGAAAAUGGCUCAGGAACAACUGAGCAGGAUGCCUCCUGGUGAAUUGGCUAAACUCCAACAGCAGUUGAUGUCCAAUCCAGAGCUUGUGAAGCUAGCGACUGAAGGGAUGAAGAACAUGAGACCGGACGAUGUCAGAAAUGCUGCCGAGCAGCUAAAAUAUGCACGCAGUGAGGAUAUGGCAGACAUGGCUGAGAAGAUUGCUAAGGCUACACCUGAAGAGAUUGCAGCUAUGCGUACUCAAGCUGAUGCACAGAUCACUUAUGAACUGAAUGCAUGUGAAAUGUUAAAGAAGCAGGGAAAUGACCUUCAUGGCCAUGGGAAGUAUAGAGAUGCUGCACAGAAGUACUUGCAUGCAAAGGAAAACCUGAAGAAGGUUCCUGUUUCACAAGGCAAAAAACUCCAAUUGGCAUGCUCACUUAACCUGAUGUCAUGCUUUUUGAAGAUGAAGCAGUAUGAAGAUUGUGUCAAGGAAGGUACAGAGGUGUUACAGUAUGACACACAGAAUGCGAAGGCUUUGUAUCGGAGGGGUCAGGCUUACAAGGAACUUGGAAACAUAAAAGCUGCUGUUUCUGAUUUGAGCAAGGCAAGUACUAUCUCCCCUGAUGAUGAGACCAUCACAGAUGUACUAAGGCAGACCAAGGAACUGCUGAAAGAACAUGAAGAGCCUCGUACAUCUGGAGUGGUAAUUGAAGAAAUCAUAGAAGAGACAGAAUCUUCAACAUCUGAUAUCCAGGAGAAUCAUCCUCCCAAAGAGUACUCCGUCUUACAACCUGAGGAUACUGCUGAAAAAUCUCAAGUGCAUAACAGAUCUGUUGGCAAUGAUAGUAGUGGUUUCAAUGUAGAUGCUCAACGGUUACAGGAACUCAAAGACAAUCCCGAAGCGAUCAGAUCAUUUCAUACCUUUCUUGCCAAUGCAAACCCUGAUGCCUUGGCUGCUCUUGGUGGUCCGGGGAUGGCACCUGAAAUGGUAAAAACCAUGUCAAAUAUGGUUAGCAAGAUGUCAGCAGAAGAACUUCAGAAAAUGCUCGAAGUUGCAUCAUCUUUGAAUGGGACAAACCCUCUUUUCAGGCCAAGUACUUCAGCUGCGACGGAAUCUCAAACUUCAGUAGCUGCUCCUUCUGUCAGAGACAACCGUGAAGCAAGUACCAGCAGCUCUCGAAGCACAUUUAUGGGCUCAGAGAUGCCUCCAUCUUAUAAUCCAACCGGAGAUGUGCAAGAACAGAUGAGAAACCAGAUGAGAGAUCCAGCCAUGAGACAGAUGUUCGCAUCAAUGAUUAAAAAUAUGAACCCAGAAAUGAUGGCAAACAUGAGCGAGCAGUCUGGCUUUAAACUUUCAAAGGAGGAUGCUGUAAAAGCUCAACAAGCAAUGUCUUCGCUAUCUCCUGAUGAUUUAGAAAGAAUGAUGCGCUGGGCAGACAAGAUACAGAAUGUUGCAGAAGGAGCUCGGAAGACAAAGAACUGGCUCCUCGGAAGGAAAGGGUUGAUUCUUGCAAUCGCCAUGCUCAUCUUGGCCGUCAUCCUUCACUGGAUGGGCUACAUUGGUGGUUAAACGGUAUCCCAACUUGGUUGUCACUCUGGUCCUUUUCCUGUGUGUCAAGGCAUGCGUCUCUACCUUCUGCUAACCUACAACAAGCAGCUGCCACGAAAGGACUAGACACGAGAAAGCUGAGGACUAUUCGGUGCAAAGAUUAUGUCAUAUAAAAGUUGCUUUCUUUCUUUUCCUGGUUUGGUUCCUCGAUGGUUGGAGGCAAGUCUUACAAUUCGAGGGAAAAUGAGAGUUGAUUCUUUUAAAAGGAAUUCUUUUGGUUUAGAUUGUCUAGUUUUGCAAGAUCAGUUGCCGCUAAGGCAAGAGAAGGGAACUUUUUCGUAUGAGUAUUA